CAGACUGUCAGUCGUACAAUGCGGUUAUAACUGACUAGAAAAUUAGUUUCGUCUCGUGUUGUAGACAUUUCUGCCGGCGUUUUUUGAGCUCAUCAUUCAUUAUUUUAUCGCUCUGAUAUUUGAUUAAUUGGAGACGUUGAUUGAAUUUGUUAUAAUUUCUGUAAACAGUUUAGCAGUUUAUCUGUGUUAUUCGGAACAUUUAUUGUAACGGUGUGUUGAAGAUUUUAUUUUAAUCGUUUGAAAUUAGGAACGGUUCAGGAUUAAAAGGUUGUGCUUAUAAAGUGAGAAAGAGAUUGUGUUGCUGUGUGAAUUAUUUACAAAAAAAAAAAAACUAGUAAACAUUAGACUCAGUUCAGGUAUUAUCCGUGGCUGCCAUGGAGUUGCGUUUUGGAUGCCGGGGCAGAAUGCACGUGACAGCUUUUGUUGGUGGUGUUUGCCAUGGGAAUGGCAAAUGCUGAACUGUACACUGCUCUGGUAGAUCUGGAAGAAUUGCUCGAAACUGAGGCAGUGCUCAUCAGGGCACUGGACGAGUACAUAUCUUCGACAGAGCAUCGGCUAACACAACUAAAAAGACGUGCAGCCGAAUACAGCAAAGAACAUGAUGAGGCCAGUGUGGAUGUGAGCGCCUACCUGUCCAACCCAAUCAACGCCUAUCUGCUAGUCAAACGUCUCACCAACGACUGGAAACAGACUGAAUCACUUAUGCUCGACUUUGCUCAAGAGGUGCGUCAAAAUAUGACGCAGUACCGGCAGGUGUUGAAGUUUCCGACUGAAGAGGACCUUUCGGGGGCGGCGACUGCUUUGAUGCGUCUGCAGGACACCUACCAGUUGGACACCGCCUCCGUCGCAAGGGGGCAGCUCAACGGAGUCCAGUACACCACUCAGCUAUCCGCGGACGACUGUUUCGAGCUGGGUAGACAGUCGUACAACAACCAGGAUUUCUACCACACGGUGCUCUGGAUGUCCGAGUCGCUCAAACGGCAUGAGCAGGAGAAGAAUAGAACCAACAUCGAACGAUGGGAGAUACUAGAGUACCUCGCCUAUUCCACCUACAUGCAGGGCAACGUGCGCUCAGCCCUGCAGAUGACUGACGAACUGUUGACGAUUGUUCCGACGCAUCAGCGCGCACUUGGUAACCGCGCAUUCUAUCAGGCGGCCAUCGAAAAGACCCCAAAUAAUGCUGACAAUGCGGAACCACAGAUGGCAUCACCAGCUGUUGACGACCUGCCAGAAAGAGAGGUGUAUGAGAUGUUGUGUCGUAACGCUCUCUCUCCCACUCCUCAGGUGCUCGCCCAGCUCAAAUGUCGCUAUGUGCACAGAAAUGUGCCAUUCCUCAGAAUUGCUCCGUUGAAAGAAGAAGAAGCCUAUCUGGAGCCUAGGAUUGUGCUAUAUCGUGACGUCAUCUAUGAUGGCGAAAUAGAAAUCAUUAAGAAAAUGGCGUCACCUAGGUUGAAACGCGCCACCGUGCAGAACUACAAGACAGGCGAGCUUGAGGUGGCCAGCUACCGCAUCAGCAAGUCAGCGUGGCUGAAGGAGGCCGAACACCCAUCCAUCGAGCGACUGAGUCGGCGUGUCGAGCACAUGACCUCACUCACCACGGCCACAGCUGAGGAGCUCCAAGUGGUCAACUAUGGCAUUGGCGGCCACUACGAGCCGCACUUCGACUUUGCCCGGAGAGAAGAAACUAACGCAUUUAAAAGCUUAGGCACGGGAAAUCGAAUAGCUACAGUGUUAUUUUAUAUGAGUGACGUGGCACAGGGUGGAGCGACAGUGUUUCCCUCGCUGAAACUGGCGCUGUGGCCUGAGAAGGGAACGGCCGCCUUCUGGUACAACCUGCACCCCAGCGGGGAGGGCGACUUUGCCACAAGGCAUGCCGCCUGUCCUGUGCUCGCUGGCUCCAAGUGGGUAUCGAACAAAUGGAUCCACGAACGAGGCCAGGAAUUCAGACGACCGUGUUCGCUGGAGAGGGAGGUAUCAGAAGAGUCAAGCUGACACCCCACCUCUUCUUUCUCUUUCUCGUCUACUUCUUCUUCGUCUUCUUUCAUGAGACCUCUGAUCAUGCGCAGUAGCGGCGGUCAGCGCUCUCACUUCAACCUGAAGCUGCCCAUCGAUGACAUCAUCAAGGAGAUUCAGGCUAAGAUUAUAAAACACCAGCCUUGAAAAGGUGUUCUUUCUGUGACGUCAUCAGCAGUAAGGCCAGCCAUCUACUUAUAUUUUAUAUUAAUUCAGAUACAUCUUAGGCUCCAUUACAAGGUCAAAUAUAUUUGGUAUAUGGACCAAAUCAUUUAUCAAGGUCAAAUCAAGGUCAAGUACCUUGACCUUUUAUGAAGGUCAAAUCAUUUAUCAAUCAAUACAAUUAUCUAUAAUAGUAGAUAUCAUAAUCUGGAAGAGGACGACUAAGCUUGUACUAUUCCUCUUUCAAAUGUUAAUGGUAAUUAAGUCCAAAAGGUUAUGUGUAUGUCACGCACUUCACAUUUCUGGUCCGAGACACUCCUUGAGAAUAAUUGGCAAGUGAUAACAAUUUUGAAUUAAAAAAUAUUGUUAGAAAGCCAAAUAAGCAC